AUGAAUGUGAUCGAUAAAAUUACGCCAUCUUCUGGGUCAGCAAAGCAUGCAUGGAUACUCGUUGCGACGCACUACUUCACCAAAUGGGUCGAAGCAAAGUUAUACUCUGAGUUAACCUUUAAAGAGGUUUGUAAUUUUGUGGAUGAAAACAUCGUGACAAGAUUCGACGUGCUAGAAAUGAUUAUAACUGAAAACGACGCAAUUUUCACGACGGACAAGUUCAGAGAAUACACGGCGAGUGUAAAAAUUUGGCUCGUUCAGUCCACGUUGUAUUACCCACAGGAAAAUGGACAUGCUGAAGCCAUGAGGCAAGAGUUGGAGGACUUGGAGGAAGCUCGACUCGAUGCCUAUAAUAUACUAGUGGUGCAGAAAAAGAUUGUUGAGGGAGCUUAUAAUCGACGAGUUAGUCAAAAGACGUUUGGUGAAGAGGAAUUAGUAUGGCAAACCGUGUUACCAAUACGAAUAAAAGACCCUGGAUUUGGGAAAUGGUCGUGA